AUGAACGCCCUCCGAACUCUGUUUCUCUUGGCCGCCGGCCUCUCUGUGGGAUCGUAUAUGUUGGUCCAGUUCUAUGACCAGAUCAAGUGCAAGUUGCCCGACAGUCCGCCGAUUAAGGACUACGCUGACUACGGCUGCUACUGUGGAUAUGGCGGCUCUGGCACGCCUGUGGACGAUCUGGACAGGUGCUGCCAAGUGCAUGACAAGUGUUACGGUGAUGCCAUGGAGCACGACCAAUGCAGGUCCAUCAUCGACAGCCCCUACUUUAAGUUAUACUCCUAUAACUGUGACGUAGCCGAAGAGAAGAUCACCUGUGCCAAGAACAACAGCGUAUGUGAGCAGUUCAUCUGUGAGUGUGACAGGAAGGCAGCCGAGUGUUUCGCCAAAUCGACUUAUAACCCCGAGAACAAGCGACUGCCCAGUGAGCGAUGUCAGUAGAAGACCUCUGUAGUUAAUUGAAGGCUGGAUCCACUCCCACACACGACACACCCAUCACUGAGCUCUCAGGAGCAGCAGCAGCUUGUUUCGUCCGCUCAUUGAAAUACUCACACUGACUUUGUUCUGUCACAUUCUCAAGGUCAUGGUUUUCUUUUCUCCUUCUUUCUCUGCGCUGCAUCUCUAUUGUUAGCUGUGGAUCUGUGUCCUGACCAGAAACACCAGUAGAUCUGCAUCUCUCAUUAACUGAUGCUCGGUUAUUCACGGUUAUAAUCCUAACUCAAGUUUCCAAUAGGGGGCGCUCUCAUCUAGCUCUUUCUUCCCUUGCUUGCAGGAAGUAGUUUACAGAGCACACACACACGUGUUGCUUCAAUGCUUUACAGUGGACGUGCCUGACACUGAGUGCUGGCAUGAUCAUCAUUAAGAUAACCAAUCACAGUGUCCUGCUCAGGUCACACGGAGUGGCUUGCCUCUGUGCUAAUGUGCCAUGCUAGCUGCCCGUGCUAUGCUAAAGAGAAGGUCUCUUGUGUUUUCUUGUCGCUGCUGUUUUCUCAAAAUCGACAUGAGAUGAUUUAUUGAUGAGAAGAUACUCGACAUUCAGAUA